AUGAAUGGAGUAAAGACCUUUGUAUUGGUGUAUGUUGAUGAUAUAAUCAUCACAGGAGAAGCUGAAACUCAGGUAAAAGAAGUAAUUGAAAGGCUAAAUGCAAAAUUUGCACUCAAAGACAUGGGCAAUCUCCACUAUUUUUUUAGAAUUCAGGUGACAAAAAUAAGUGAUGGAGGAAUUCUUCUCUCUCAAGAGAAGUAUAUCAAUGAGGUAUUGAAGAAAGCAAAUAUGGAAGGUUGCUCAAGUUGUCACACUCCUCUGUCCUCGGCAGUAAAAUUAUCGGCCUUAAGUGGUUCCAACUUUGGUGAUUCUCAGCUUUACAGAUCGAUUAUUGGUAGCCUGCAAUAUCUAACAGUGACCAGACCUGAGAUUUCAUAUAGUGUACACAAGAUGUCACAGUUUGUACAAGCCCCUUUAGACAGUCAUUGGAAAAUGGUGAAGAGAAUACUCAGAUAUCUCAGUGGUACAAUAAAUCAUGGAUUGCAUUUGAACAAAGCUAACUCUAUGAAAAUCACAGCCUACAGUGACUCAGAUUGGGUUGGGGACCCUGAUGACAGGAAGUCCACAAGUGGGUGUUGUGUAUUUCUUGGUUCAAAUUUGGUCUCUUGGGCUUCAAAGAAGCAAACAGCUGUAGCAAAGUCAAGCACAAAAGCUGAAUAUAGGAAUAUGACAGACUUGGUAGCUGAGCUAAUUUGGGUGAAAAAUUUAAUGUCUGAAUUGCAGUUUCCAUCAAAAGAGGCAUCCAUGGUCUACUGUGAUAACUUAAGUGCGGUUCUACUUGCUGCCAACCCAAUCUUACACUCAAAAUCUAAACAUUUUGAGAUAGAUCUUCACUUUGUCAGGGAUCAUGUAAAUAGCAAAGACAUUAAAGUAAGUCACAUUCCAGGAGCUAUGCAGGUGGCUGAUAUCUUAACAAAGGCCGUGUCCUCUGAGAAUUUUCUUCACUUCAGGAGAAAAUUGAAUAUUAAAGAGCUUGACAAUAUUAAUGCAACAGGAGAGUUGAAGAGCAGAGGCAAUAAUCAGCAGAAACAGCAGAACAAAUGUGUAGAGAUGAUGAUGCAUGAUGAUCAAAACACAACAACACAAGAAGAAGGUGAAAGUAGAGGUCAUGAUAGGUGA